GAUCGAACACAGUUGCUGAUAAUUUAGGUAGGUUAUGACACCAGAAUUUCAAGUUAUUAUUCAAUGCUUUUUUUAUACUGCUUUUGCACAAUUUUACAAAUGUAAAAAUUCAUAUGCAGAGCUGCAAAGAUUAAACAAAACACUUAUAGGUCCACUACCUAUCUAUGAAAACAAAAAAGAAAAAUAUGAGUAUGAAGAGAGAGUUACAUUUAGAUGUCCUCAUGGUUAUCAUUUAAGUGCUGCUAGUUUGCAGUUCUAUGGAGAAGCAAUAUAUACUGUAUGUUUAAUAGAAGGAUUGUGGAGUCAUCCAUGGCCUUCUUGUAGAGGUGUAAAUGAAAAUGUUACAUGCGAAAAUGAGUACAUGAUUAAUCCUAGUAAUCAAAGAUUAAAGCCUUCAGAAAAUGAAAUUCAUGCACUGUAUUCCGAUCACAGAUUAAUAUAUCCUCACCAAUUUACAAUAGAAUUCCGUUGUCCAAAAGGUAUGACUUUGUUAAAUACUAAUGGAUUAUCUGUUAUGGUAUCUUCAUGUGGCGAUAAUGGUGUUUGGACAAGAGAAUGGCCUAUGUGUCAAGGAAAGAUAUGCCCUUAUUUUUCAAUAACUAAUGGAAAUGCUACAGAAAGUUAUGCAAAACGAUCUGUUGGCCUUACUUUGCACAUAACUUGUGAAUCAGGCUACUAUUUGUGGGGUAAGAAUACUACAACAUGCCUUUCUUCAUUAAAAUGGAGUUCUGUUGCAGAAUGCAUAUCUAUAGAAACCUUUAAGAGAUACUGUGAGAAAAAACGUGCUAACUUGAGGAUUUCUAUUGAAAAUGGUACCUUAAUUCCAUACUGCCAAACAACCCCCUUGGCAACUUCUAAAUCAUCAAUUGGUAUUGUUGGUAUUUCUGUAAUAAUUGUGCUGGUUAUUUUAUGUUUGCUUGUUGGUGCUUUUCUUAUUGUUCGUCGGCAUAGACAACAAAUUCUGCAAACUGUUAACCUUCAGAUUUCUGAGCAUAAUAAUUACAAUGAGACAAAUUGUCUUGUACUUCCAAGUUAUGAAGAAGUUCAAAAAAUAAAGUACAAUAUGCCCCCAUCCUUUGAAGAGAUAUUUGGGUCAGAAGAAAACAGAAAUUGACGUUAGAAAAAUGAUCUGCAGUAUUCACAUUGUGGCAAGAAAAGGGCUUGGCAUAGAGAUGUACGGAUAUAUAAGAUGUGUUUUUCGCGACAUGUUUUUGAAAAACAUGCUGU